UGUAAAAGGACAUAUUCAGUAUGAUUCCGUUUAUAGGAAGCUUUUAAAAAUGGAAAAAAUACUAUUUUGUGGUGAAUAAUAUUAAAUAUAGUAAAAAGUGCAGAGGAACAAUGCCAAGCAAGUUAAUGUAGUGCUUAGCUCUGAGGAAGGAAAAGAAUCAAUACUGUGUAAAAUACAUGAUGUGGGGAAUCUCAAAUAUACAUACAUUAUUUUCUUGCAAUAAGAAUAUCUAAAGCAAGGGUGGUGAAGUGUGUGAAUUGAUAGUGUUGACUGGUGGGUACCCAACCCUUCAUUGUUAUUCUCUGUACUUUUCAUUUUUCUUGAAGUAUCCAUAAUACGAAAAUACCUUCUUAGGUUUAAAAAAAAAAAUCAAAGUUUUUUCAUGUUGUAAGUAGAAUUCUUCUCAAUUUGUUUUUUCUCCGCUAGGUUGUCAUUAUUUGUGUUGAUACAUCUAGACCUAAUGUAUUUGUUUUCAUUGUUAUAUAUUUCUGCAGCUGUCCAUGCCAAAUGAAUAUUGAUAUCGUUGAUGUUCAUUCAGGGUGUUUCCUUCUUCUGCUUCUCUACACGAGCAAGAUUCCCAGUAGGCAUUUUCACAAAUAAAUUCUUCCCUGAAGUUUGCAGUUAUUAUGCCAGGAAUGUUCUCUCUUUUUGUCUUCCCUCAACUGCCCUGUUCAUCACUUCUGUCCUAGGAGUAACAGAUGCCAGGUGCUAAUAUUCAUGACACACACAAUCAUAAUAGGACAUACCUUUGUGAGGGCCCCAUAUGCUGAGCCCUGUACCAAUUGCCUUGUGCCUGCUCAUUUCUCAUCAUUGCAACAGCUCCAUAAGUUUUUGUUUUUUAAUUUUUUAUCGUGGUACAAAUAUACACAACAAAACAUACAGGAAUUCAGCAAUUUCAGUGACACUGAAAUUCAGUUCAGUGACACUGUUUACAUUCUUCGAGUUGUGCAACCAUUCUAGGUAUCUUUUUCCAAAGUAUCCCACCAGCAGGAACAUACAUUCAAUGCCUUCUAAUCAAAAACUCUCUUGUCCCAGUCCUUCCAUCCCUGGGAACCAUUAAUAAGCUUUGGUUUAUCUAUAUUUGCUUACUUUAUAUAAAUGACUUUAUACAGUGUCUGUCCUUUUGUGACUGACUUAUUUCCCCAGCAUAAUGUUUUCUAGGUUUAUCCAAAAGGAACCCUGUUCUCAUAGUGAUUAAGCAAAUGUCUGCUAACUCAAAAAUCGAUAGUUUGAAUCCAACACCCACUCUAUGGGAGAAAGAUGUGUCAAUCUGCUUCUAUAAAGAUUAUAGCCUCAGAAACUCUAUGGGGCAGUCCUACUUCUUCUCGUAGGGUUGUUAUGAGUUGGAAUUAGGCUGGACACCAACAAAGUAUUCAAUCGUGUAUAUAUCAUACUUUGUUUAUCCAUUCAUCAGUUGACCAUUUCAGUUAUUUCCACCUUUGGCUAUUGUGAAAAGUCCUGAAUGGAGCAUCAGUGUACAGGUAUCUGUUUGCAUUUCUAACUUCACUUCUUCUGGGAAUGUAUUUGGAUUGACUUGAUAGCAAUUGGUCUAGCAUUGGGGUUGCUGGGUCAUGUAGUUGUCCCAUGUUCAACCUUUUGAAGGAUGGCCAACCUGUUUUCCACAGCAACUAUACCAUUUUGCAUUUCCACAGGAAUAGAUGAGGUUUCCAAUUUCUCCACAUCCUCUCCAAUGUUUAUUGUUUUCUUUUUUUUUUUAACAUUGUCAUUAUAAUAGGGGCGAAGGGAUAUCUCAUUGUGGUUUUGAUUUGCAUCUCCCUAACGGAUGACUUUGAGCAUCCUUUCAUGUGGUUGUUUGCCAUUUGAAUGUCCUCUUUGAUGAAAUAGGCUUUAAAGAGAAUGAUAUGUCACCUAUCAUGUCCAGGGAAGAAUUUUUUAACACUUCCUAUAAUUGGGAGAACAGAGAAUCUCAUCUACUUAGUUGCCUAGCUUUUCUUGCAUUCAGUCACCAAUACAGAGGACUUAUGUUUCCAUGAGGAAGUCUUUUGAGGUUCAGGUUUAUAGAUAACAUUUUCUAAUCUUCACCCCAUAUCCAAAGUGUGGACCUGGUUGGAUGCCAUCCCAUCGGUUACGUACUAACUUCGUAGGCAGAGGUGGAAAUACCCUGAAGACUUUAUUUGAAGGAGAUACUAAAAUUUUUUGAGGGGAAUUAUGAAAUCUGAGUGACUAGGGGUAUUAAUUGUGAACUAUUUGGAGACAUUAACAGAGAGACAGCAAGAGAAUCAUCUCGGCAGUUAGGUAAUCUGAGCUCAGACACAAUCACUGCUACUCGCUGACUUUGCGCAUUGUGUCUAUGACAUAACACCACCUCUCCCAAGUGUACCCCCAGGUUGAUGGUGGUGACAGUAUGAACUAAUUCAUCAUUGACAAGCUCUUCAGGGGAUUCUGAAGGAUUCCAAAGUUUGACAACCAUUGCUCUGCAAAUGGAUUUCAUUGUUUUAAUCCAUUUGAAGGCAUGGAAUAAUUCUGAAGGGAAAAGGCCAUGACUUAUUCUUUAUUUCAUCAUCAUAACUUGGUACAAUGUGUUGAAGUAGAGUGGGUGCUCAAAUAAAAUUUGAACCUUCAGAAGGAUUAGGGGGAGACGAAGAAAGAGGAGUAAGUGGAAAGAAAGAUUUGAAUAUUUCCUUAGGUUCAUAAUGUAGACAAGAACAUUUCUUUCUGAAGUAGUGAUUUUCAAACUUCAGCAUAAAUCAGAAUCACGUCGAAGUCUUGUUAAAACAUAAACUGCUAGUCCUCAUCCCAGAGUUUAUCAUCAGUAAGUCUGGAGUGGGCCCAAGAACUUACAUUUUUACAGGAUUUCAGGUAAUGAUCUUGCUGGGUGUCGAGGAACCACACUUUUGAUUAUCUGUCACCGCAUCUUCUCCAUCAGAUUCACCAACAAUAUGGAACCCAGAAAUCAAAGAGGUGUUUUAAAAUUCAUUUUUCUGGGACUUACAGAGGAUCCAGAAUUGCAGCCCCUCCUCUUUAGCCUAUUUCUGUCCAUAUACCUGGUUUGCCCUCCUGGAAAACCUACUCAUCAUCCUGGCUGUCAGCUCUGCCUCCCACCUCCACACCCCCAUGUACCUCUUUGUCUCUAGUCUCUCCUUCACUGACAUCUGUUUCAGCACAACCACGAUCCCGAACAUGCUGGUGAACAUCCAAGCACAGAAUCAUAGCAUCAUUUACAUAGGGUACCUAACCCAGGUCUGCUUUGUCCUGGUAUUUACUGGUUUGGAGACUUUUCUCUUUGCAGCAAUGGGCUAUGACCUCUAUGUGGCCGUCUGCCACCCACUGAUAUACACCAUCAUCAUGAACACCUGCCUCUGUGGCUUGCUCUCCCUACUCUCCUUAUUAAUCAGCAUUGUGAAUGUCCUACCUCACAGUCUCAUGGUGUUGCAUCUGUCCUUCUGCACAGACCUGGAAAUCCCUCGUUUCUUCUGUGAACUUGAUCAGAUUCUCAAGCUCGCCUGUUCUGAUACCAUUAUCAAUUACAUCCUAGUAUAUUUUGUGGCUUCUUUUUUUUGUGUGUGUGGUGGUGUUCCUCUCUCUGGAAUCAUUUUCUCUUACACUCAGAUUGUCUCCUCUACUAUGAGAAUGCCAUCAGUGGGUGCAAAGUAUAAAGCUUUUUCCACUCGUGGGUCUCACCUCUCAGUUGUUUCCUUAUUCUUUGAGAUAGGCUUUGGUGUGUACAUCAGUUCUGCAUUUACACACUCUUCCAGCAAGACAGCAGUAGCCUCAGUGAUGUACAGUGUGUUCCCUCAAAUGAUGAACCCUUUUAUCCACAGCCUGAGGAACAGGGACAUGACAGGAGCCUUGAGGAAAAUCAUCAGUAGGAUACCAUCAUUUAAGUAACUGUGUCUUCUGUUUUGGGCUUGGGAUAGGAUGGGUCAAUGCGGAAGGAAUACUGCUGACAUGGAUUGAAUUUUAUCUCCUAAAAAUAUGUGUAUGAAUUUGGUUAGGCCAUCAUUCCCAGUAUUGUGUGAUUGCUCACCAUUUUGUCAUCUGAUGUGAUUUUCCUAUGUGUUGUAAAAUCUAUGUCUAUGAUGCUGAUGAGAUGGGAUUAGAGGCAGUUAUGUUUAUGAAGCAGGACUCAAUUUACAAGAUUAGAUUUGCCUUGAUCAAAUCUCUUUUGAAAUCUAAAAGAGGGAAGCUGGCAGAGAGGCAGGGGUACCUCAUACCACCAGGAAAACAGUGCUGGGAGCAGAGGAUGUCCUUUGGAUUGGGGGUUCCUGAGCAGGGAAGCUCCUAGACCAAGGGAAGAUUGACAAGAAGGACCUUCCUCCAGAACUUGUGGAGAGAGAAAGCCUUACUCUGCAGCCGAUGCCCUGAAUUUGGACUUCUAGCGUACUAUACUGUGAGAAAAUAAACUUUUGUUUGUUGAAGGCACCCACUUUUGGUAUUUCUGUUAUAGCAGCACUAGAUAACUAAGGCAACUGGUUAUCCAAGAUGUCUGACUGUUCAAUCAGCAUAUUCUUCUAAAACAACUGGGUAACAUAACGGCUAGGUACAUUUCAGUUAAUUCAUGAUAAAUGGAGAAAAAUAUUAAACUUGUCAAGACUUUCAUUUUACUUGAAUGCACAAUCAACACCCGUGGAAGCAGCAGUCUGGAAAUCAAAUGACAUACUGCAUUGGGCAAAUCUGAUGCAAAAAAUUCUUUAAAAUGUUAAAAACAAAGAUGUCACUUUGAAGACUAAGGUGUACCUCACCGAAGCCAAGGUAUUUUCAAUUGGCUCAUAUGCAUAUGAAAGCUGUGGAAUGAAUGCAGAAGAUGAAAGAAGAAUUGAUGCCUUUGAAUUACGGUGUUGACAGAGUCUUGAACAUACCAUGGGCUGCCAGAAGAACAAGUUAAUGUGUCUUGGAAGAAGUACAGCCAGAAUGCUCCUUAGAAGCGAGGAUGGAGAGACUGUGUCUCAUGUACUUCGGACAUGUUAUUAGGAGGGAUCAGUCCCUGGAGGACAUCGUGCUCGGUAAAAUAGAGGGUCAGGGAGAAAUAGGUAGCCACUGAAAGAGAUGGACUGACAGUGGUUGCAUCAGUGGGCUUCAACACAUAGCAAUGAUUGUGAAAAUUGGACAGGACUGGGCAGUGUUUCAUUCUGCUGAAUUGACUUGAUGACCCCUAACAACAAGAGUAACAAUAAAGAGAUAAUCUUUCCUAGGAAUCAUCAAGAGAACAUCCUAUAUCAUCAGCUUGAAUUGGGGCAUAUGCCCCUUCUAAAAAUAAUUACUGUCAAGAGAAAUUUCAUUACCUUGGAAGGACUAAAUGAGUGCUCUGAUUAGAAAAGUGUGAAGUGGGGUUAAGUGCUACAAUGAUUACAAAUGUUUAGAACAAUGCCUGCCACGUAGAAUUAAAUGAAUUUACCUAAUGAAUGUGAGUCAGCACAAUUGAUUUACAAGUGUAGCACUCUUUCUCCUUUUGUAAUUCCUUCUGUUUC